CCAACUCGAUGUGCCAUGACAGAAAAAUGCUCUGUGAAUAUUACCGGCAAUGCAUUUUUUAACAAGCAUGAGUGGCAGUAGGAGACAUGUGGUGAUGACCGGAGUUGUUAUGGUCAGGCUGUUGCUCUAGGCUAGGGCGGAGAAGGCUGCAUGAAUGGCAGGGCUUUCUCUCCUCAGUGAAGUGAUUUGUUAAAUGUUCUUUCCUCUACCUUUGACGAACAUGCUUUAUUUUCAGCUGGUGAUCAUGACGGGGACGGUCAUGCUAGCGUACUACUUCGAGUACACGGACACGUUCAACGUGCACGUCCAAGGGUUCUUCUGCUAUGACAAUGCCUACGUGAAGCCUUACCUCGGACCGGAGGAGUCCAGCGCGAUCCCACCGACUUUACUGUAUGCGCUCGUGGCAGUGGUCCCUACACUUGUGAUGAUGAUCUCAGAGGCUGUCCUGUUUUUGAUACAGUACUCCUCUAAAGAGCUGGAUGACCAGGAGAAGACCAUCCAGACUGGAGACUGCUGCUACCUCAACCCUUUGGUGCAAAGGACCUUUCGCUUUCUGGGGGUCUACAUGUUCGGCCUGUUCACCGUGGACAUCUUUGUGAACGCCGGCCAGGUGGUGACUGGGAAUUUGGCCCCCCACUUCCUGACGGUGUGUAAGCCCAACUACACAGCCCUGGGCUGCCAGCACACCCUGAUCUACAUCAGCCAACAGGAGGCCUGCACCGGGAACCAGGAGGAUAUCCUGCGCGCACGCAAAACCUUCCCCUCCAAAGAGGCUGCGCUCAGCGUCUAUGCAGCCUUCUAUCUUGCUAGUUACAUCACAUGUACAGUGGAAGUCAAAGGAACGAGGCUAGCCAAGCCUGUGCUGUCCCUGGGUCUGAUGUAUCUGGCUUUCCUCACGGGACUCAACAGAGUGGCUGAGUACCGGAACCACUGGUCUGACGUCAUCGCUGGAUUCAUCAUAGGAGUGGCCAUUGCCACUUUCCUGGUGGUGUGUGUGGUGCAUAACUUCAAAGGCGAGCUGUUGCUGAGUGGUGAAGACCCCCCACAGGAGAACAUGUCUAGAGUGGAGAGCCCGCUGGAUAAGUACAUCACAUUGCAGAAUCACAUCGCCUUCGCUGAGGUCACAUGAUGCUGAAUCAGCCGUUUGGCAAACCCAUUGGACAGCCACGCUCUUCACCGUCCAAUCAAAAAAAUCAAAUAGCUCUUCACCUGCCAAU